AAUAAUUUAAUGCCUUCAUCAAUCAUGUCAACAUCUCCAUUUAAUUCAGAUAAUAAUUUACCAGUUGAUGAGGUAACAAAUCAUCCUUUAUUCCAAGCUUAUUCAGAACCAUCAUUAUUUACUACAUCUUUCCAACAAAUUUCAUCUACUGAUGUCACUUUUAUUCCAACUGUAGUUUCGUCAUCAUUAUCACCUCCUUCUUCACUUCAAAAUUCUUCUGGAACAUCUCAAUGUCACUGGAAUAUUACAAAUCCUAAUACAGAAGAUCAACUACAAAUUUUAUUAAAAUUACAUAAUUUAUUUGGUCUCAGUAUUUUUGAUAAAUCAAAUCUAACCAGUAUGAACUCAAUAAGCUUGAAAGGUGAAGAUAGCACCUUUAAUAAUCAAUUAUUUCUUAAUAAUAUCAUAUCAAAUUCUAAAACAAGCUUAUCUGAUCAAAAUCAAAGCAAUUUAAGCUUAAACUUUAAUUCUGAAACAAUUUCUCCUAUCAAUUCAUCAUCUUAUAUGAUGUCCAUAAUGAUGAAUGCUCUUAUAAAUAAAGAGCUACUGGAACACUUACAUCCUUUAUCACCUUUUCAGCAUGAGGCUCUGUCUCAUCAUCAACAUCGGAAACUGAUGCAACAACAACAACAACAACAAAAGUUGCACUAUCAACAAUCACCUGAAAUUGUUCCACAGUUAACAGUAUCAGAUCAAAAUCAAAUUUUGGCAAACAUUUUAACAUCACGUUUAUUUUUGGAUAAUAAUGAAAACUUUAUCAAGGAUUCAAUGCAGAGAAAUGUUUUAAUGACAUCAGAUAACAGGAAACCAAAACGAAUAAGAACAGCCUUUUCACCAUCACAAUUAUUUCAGUUAGAAAGUGCAUUUGAGAAGAAUCAUUAUGUUGUUGGACAGGAACGUAAAGAUUUGGCCACUGAAUUAAAUUUAACUGAAACUCAAGUAAAAGUAUGGUUUCAAAAUCGUCGAACAAAGCACAAACGUUUACAUACUGAUGCCAAAGAUGUUUUGAGUAAUUCAACUACCAAAGAACGAAGAUUAAUAUCCGAUAGUGAUGAUGAUAGUGAUGAUGGUGACGAAGAUGUUGAACAAGAGGGAGAAAAUGAAGAAGAGAAUUUUGAAAAUUCAGUUUGUCAUCCAAACCAACUCAGAGUGGAUUUUAUCCAGGCACCAUUUUCAAAACGCUCAUUAACUGAAUUCUCAAAUGGAACAGAAAUUAAAACAUUUCAAUCUACUACAAAAAACAACGAAUUUUCUCCUACAGAUGAACAUCAACGUUAUAAUAUUUUAAAGUCGAAUUGUCUUUCUGAUAACCAACUGAUUAAUGAUUCAUCUGAUAAUCAGUAUGAUAAAUCUCGCGCCUAUCCAAAAUGCGAUUGGGAUUCAUUUAAACAAAUCCAUGACAAUUUCAAAACAAUGGCUGAAAUACAAACUGAACAAUUGUCUACAAAUCAUUCAAUUUUGCAUUCAUCACAUCAUAUAUUACAUUCAGUAUAGGACAUACAAAUCAACAAUUGGAACCUUCAUAACAUUCAUACAGUCAAACCUUAUAAUUUUUACAAAAAAAAUGUAUGCUUGAGAAUUGAACGGAUUUUGUUUAUCUACUUUUGUGCUGUGUUUUGUUCUUUGAAUUGAUUUCCUUUUAUUUUGUC